AUGUACGAAGGGAUUGACAACCUGAAAUCCCUUUACGACCGUGCCGGGAAGACUUUCUCCGGCGGUCCUUCUGCGGCACAGGAUGUGUCGCGUCGUACUGCUCGACCAGACCCAGUACGUCAACCAUCAAUUGAGAGCGGGGCUCCCAAGAAUCCCAGGACGGGGGAUAGCCGCGCCACCGGACGAGGUAACUCGUCCGACGUCCGUUCACGUCGCGGUGGUUCAACAGCUGCUCUACUAGAUAGCGCUGGCCACCGCGAGAGUCCUCUAAUGGAGGUGGAGGAGGAGGAAAGACGCUCUCCACACGAUCAUGUGGAUCGGUGUGUUCCCGAGAGCUUCUUUGAUCGCGUAACGCAAGGGUUACGCGACGAUCUCGAGCAUGAGCGGAAUAGGCGUCUCCAAAUGGCGGACACUGCCUCGAAGCAUCGAGCUGAGUUUGCCUUUGCUCAGCUUGAGAACGAGAGAUCUCUGACAUCUCUUCGUGACGAGCUAAGGGUAGCUCGUGGGAUUGCUGAUCGGUCUCGGGAUGAGAUAGCUGCUCUUCAGACCCUUGUUGAUGCCCACCAUCGGGAGCACAAGGCUCUCUGCGAGAUGCUUGAGCGCAAGGGCGUUCUUCAUCGGAAGAAGCAGCGUACUGAUGGUACGGCUUAA